GCGAAUCACCAAGAACCUAGCCAGGAAACACUCAACUUCAUUGAUCAGAAUCGCAGAAACCAAAGCAGAGCAGAGAGAUGAAGAUCAGCAGCGGCACAAUGGGCACUAGUCCCAUCGUCGUCCUCGCGACGCUCGUCGUCGCCGGCCUCGCCGCCACCGCCGCGGCCAGGCCUUCCGCCCACGCCAACCCAAUCCGCCUCCCCACCAGCGGCCGGCCGUGGGAGUGCUGCGACUACGUCGUGCGGGACCCGAACUUCAGGCCGGGGAGGUGGCAGUGCAACGACGUUGCCGACGCGUGCUCCCCGAACUGCAACGAGUGCGAGGCGUCGCCGGCCGGCGAUGGCGGCUACGUGUGCCGCGACUGGAUCGUGAGCCUGCUCGAGCCCCCGGUGUGCACGCCGCGGCCGUGGGACUGCUGCGACGUCGCCGUCUGCACCAGGGCGUACAUCCCGUACUGCUGGUGCGCCGACAAGGUGGAGGCGUGCCCGGGCAACUGCAAGGAGUGCGAGCUGGUGGAGUCGGACCCCGCGCCUCGCUACCGCUGCGUCGACCAGUUCCACGGCUAUCCUGGGCCCAAGUGCACGCCGUGGAUGAUCAGCAAGGGCAACUAGCCCAGCCCACUACUACAGUACGUCCACAAAUAAAACUAGCUAGCUAGCGUACGAGCUAACUGAUUGUCCAUUCCAACAUGGACGAUUAGCCUAAGCUUAGCUAGCUGCUGCUACUCUAUUUUCUGUCACUAAAUAAUUGACGAGAAGCCAAUAGGUAGUACUACUCGGUCCCAUGUACUGAUCGAUGUAGUGUACGUGUAGAGUGUGGGUAUGAUCAGCCUUCAUCGUUGAUCAUAUCGAUCUCAUGCAUCUUUGUUCGCGGUUCCAAGAUUGAGUACUCUGCUGCUUUCUCGUCAAGAAUCAAUGAAGAAGGUCGACACACAUAUUACUCGGGACCAAGUAGUACUCACGUCAUUUGUUCAAGGACAGGAAAAGUAUAUACUUGCAUUCCGAAAAAUGCAGAGAACACAAGUUUAACAAGAAGUCAAAGGGUGGUUACAUAUCUAGUGCUGUGGUGCCUCAUGGGUACAUGCAUGCAUCAAGUCUGCACCAAGUUGUCACUAUCCCUUUCAUUUUGGAUUUUUGUAAGGAAGGGGCGAAGGACGUCCUAUCAUGAAUUUGACGGAGUCCACCUCAUCAUAUAUUUGGGAUUUUGGGCCUACUCAUGGACAGCUACAUUCAGACCAUAUAUCAAGGAGGGAAGUACACAAAUAUUGGUUUGAAAAAAAAUAUGGUCUCAUCAUAUGACAAUUUCAACUUGUUUCAAAGAAUCUCAAUGUAAUUUAUUACCUUAUUAAGUGCACAUAAAAGGGAUCUUUUA